CAAAAAAAACUGAAAAAGGGCUUGACUAAAGGCUCUCUCUUGUAGUCUCAUCCACCCAAGUCAGCCCAAGGCCUCUCUCUCUCUCCCUCUCCCAAAGCUUCUCCAUCAAUGGCUUCUCCACAAAAAAUCAUCUCUCCAGUCCCUCUCCUCCUCCUACUUCUCACCCUUUUGUCAGAAACCCAUCUCUCUCUAUCCCUCAGAAAUCCAAAUCUCAAUCCCAACCGUCCAUCCUCCCCACUCCAAUCCAUCACAGAAGACGUCCACGACCUCCUCAUCAAGUACGGCCUCCCAAAGGGUCUCCUCCCAAACAACGUCAAGUCCUACACUCUCUCUGACGACGGCUCUUUCAGCAUCGAGCUCACAAACCCAUGUUACGUGCAGUUUGACCAGUUGGUCUACUAUGACAAGAAAAUCAACGGAAAGUUGAGUUAUGGGUCUGUAUCCAGUGUGUCUGGGAUUCAAGCCAAAAAGUUGUUUCUUUGGGUCUCGGUGACUGGGAUGCAGGCUGAUAAGGACACGGAUACGAUCGAGUUCUACGUUGGUGCUUUGUCGGAGAAGCUGCCAGCUAAACAGUUUGAGAAUGUUCCGGUGUGUAAGAGCAAGGCAUGCACUACAGGCACGCGCCCAGAGUCGAUCUGAGGUGAAGAGAACCUCUACAUCCUUAUGCUAUACUGAUUCUAAGCUGUCCAAGUUCAGCCAUAUGAUGGGGCAACAGAAGCAAUUACUAGUUUGAAUUUGUGAAUAAUCUACUUGUUGAAUAACUUUGUACAUGUUUCCAUGACUGCCGAGGCAUUGAUCUAGAAAUAAAUCUCCUCUAAGACCCAUCAUGAAAAUUUCAUGCUUCAUUUAUAUAUUCUAGUGAUAAAGACAUAUAAUUUGUGUAUCACUAGAUUCAUAUUAUUUAUA